CGAGCUGCGUGUGUUUGUGCGUAGGCGACUGUGGUUCGGGGCCUUGUUCUGGCACCGGGGGCGCCGGGUUGGCGGCUUUGGCCCUCGUGGCGUUGGGUGGGCGGCAUCUUGGGGGUCACAUGAGCCAGUGGCAUCAUGCCCUUGGGCGCUGGGGUCAGGAUCGCGGCUUUUCCGGACGUUCAUCGGCCAAGAGGAAGGGCGGAAAGCACAUCCCGGAAAGGUGGAAAAAUUAUCUCCCAGUUGGACAGCGGAUGACUGGGACUCAUUUCAUUGCUUUCAAAGUUCCUUUAAAAAGGAGUUUUGAAAAGAAUCUUGCUCCAGAAGAAUGUUUUUCCCCCUUGGAUCUUUUUAACAAACUCCAAGAAUAGAAUGAAGAACUUGUGCUGCUUAUUGACUUAACAUAUACUCGCCGCUAUUAUAAGCCAGAGAACUUACCAGAAACUAUUCCUUAUUUAAGAAUUUGUACAAUUGGGCAUCAGGUGCCAGAUGAUGACACUAUUUUUAAAUUCCAAUGUGCUGUUAAUGGGUUGUUGAAAGAAAAUAACGAUAAUGAUAUUUGAUUGAUGUAGAAGGCAUGUGGCCAGAUGAUGCAAUUGAAUACUGGUGUUUUAUCUUUACAAGUUCUGCAUCAUUCCAUAAGAAAGCUGCUCUUCUUUUGGUUUCAUAAGAAAUGGUGAACAAUGGUAAAAUAUCCAGUUUACCUAAAUUUCUAGAGUACACUUCAGGGAGCGAAUGAUGGGGUGGGAUGUUGGGGGCAGAGUGAGAGCUACAGAUUCUGGUGAGACUGAGACUCAGUCACAAAAAUUACUGGGCUGUGGUGAAGGGAGAACAAAUAUAAAUCAAGUUCCUGCUGGUGGACAGGAAGCCUAAGUGAAGAAGAAAGGUGCGUAGCUGGGCUGUGUAAUUGGGCCCAUAAGUGCUGUGUCUUCUGAUGGUAAUUAUGAACAGAAAGCAAAUAAUAAUUACUAAUAACAUGUAGAUGACCAAUCCUUGAGAGCUGAGGCAGAGAGAAGGAAAGAUGGCAUUAUACCUUGUCUCUGGUCAUUGAGUUUCCCAGGCUGAUUUGUGACCAAUCUUGGGUGAAAUCAUAACUAAAUCAUUUUUGCUAAGGAGAUCAGCUUUCAUGGGGUCCUUUCUCUGCACUCUGUCCAAUGAUAAAACCCAUCACUGGAUAGUGGUGAUGGUUGCACAGCAUUGUGAAUGUAUUUAAUGUCACUGAAUUGUAUACUUGAAAAUGGUUGAAAUACUAAAUUUUGUUUUAUGUAUAUUUUACCAUAAUAAAAAAAAGAUGAAAGAACAGCGUAAACCAGAAUUAGGUAAGAUGAUAGAACUCAGGACAGAAUUCAAAAUAAAAGAAAAAUAUUUCAGAAAUGCAGACUAAAUUUAAAAUAAUACAAGAGUGGGGACUUCCCUGGUUGUCCAGUGGUUAAAAAUCUGCCUUCCAGUGCAGGGAAUGCAGGUUCGAUCCCUGGUUGGGGAACUGAGAUGCCACAUGCUACAGGGCAAGUAAGCCCGCAUGCAGCAACUACUGAGUCCACGUGCUCUGGAGCCCACGCGCCACAACUAGAGAGCCCACAAGGCACAAGGAAGACCCCACGCACUGCAACGAAGAGCCUGCGUGCUGCACCUAAUACCUGACACCACCAAAAAUAAACAAAUAAAUUAAUUAAAUAAAUUAAAUAAAAUAAUACGAGUGAAUGAACAUAAUGGCUAAUGCCUUAAGAGAAAUAAACAAGAAAAGGAAAAAAAUUUUUAAAUCAAAAAGAAGAUAAAAAGAAUUUUAGAGAAAUGGCAAACAUAAAACAUAGGCAAAAAAUAGGACAGCUCUGAAAAGAGUAAUAUAAAUAGGUGUAAGAAUCUAUUAUACCAUAAAAGUGACAUUCAAAAUCAGUGGGACAGAUUAGUCAAUAAAUUGUGAUACAUACAUGUUGGGGUAUAAAUAUUUCUCUGGAAGGAUCCACAGCACGGCAAAAGCAGAUGUCUCUGAGGAGGGAAAUGUGUGGCUGGGGAAAGUGGGAAAAAGAGUGACUUUUCAUUGAAUUGCCUUGUGUACCUUUUCUAAUGUUCUUUCAUGUGAAUCUGUUACCUCUGAAGUUCGCUGAGUUCAAACCCCAGUUCCCCAAAUUGCUAGCUCUUAAUCCUGGACAAUCUCUUCACACUCUCCCAGCCUCUUUAUCUGUGAAAUAAGGUCAGUAACUUAGCCUGGUGCUGCCUGGCACAGAAUAAACUCUCAACAAAUGGAGAUUAUUAGUGAAAAAAUCCCCAAAUGUCCAUCAAUGCAGG